AACUCACCAAUUUUGGAUAUCAUUCGAUCCCAAAGCUUCCCAUCGCUGUUGACUCCCCGUGAACUCCAUUGCUGUUGACUUCGAAGGCCAAGAAGAUGGGAGAACCCGCCGCCGCUCAGCAUCCGCACCCUUACGUCCCCAGAGACCUCAGCCUCCCUGGCUACGUCCCCGGCCUCCUCUCCCACUCCACCAUUUUUGGAGUAUUCGUCGGCGCGGCAUUACUGGUCACCUCCCUCAUUUGGCUCCUCUCUGGAGGAUCGCCUAGGAGAUCGAGAGUCGAUAGAUUGCUCAUGUGCUGGUGGGCAUUCACUGGACUCUCCCACAUGAUCCUUGAGGGUUAUUUCGUGUUCUCGCCCGAGUUCUACAAGAACUCUUCUGGCUUUUACCUCGCCGAAGUUUGGAAGGAGUAUAGCAGAGGUGACUCGAGGUAUGCAGCUAGAGAUCCGUGUAUUGUCUCCAUUAUAGGGCUGACUGCGAUUUUUGAAGGUCCGGCUUGCAUCCUUGCAGUGUAUGCUAUAGCUACCAAAAAGCCAUACAGCUACAUCCUCCAGUUCGCAAAUUGUCUCGGGCAUAUUUACAUCACUGCCGUGUACUUCAUUACCGCAGUUUUGGAAGGCGAUAACUUCGCAGCGAGCCCGUUUUAUUACUAUGUUUCCUAUCUGGUCCCGAAUUCUUUCUGGAUCUUGAUCCCUGCGAUAAUAUCCGUAAAUUGCUGGAAGAAGAUUUGUGCAGCGGUACAGUUCCAGGCCCAAAACCAGAAAAAGGCAAAAAUCCGUUGAGCACGGGACGUCGGGAUUACUUUAGAGUUAAUGUAACUUCAAAUUCCACGAUUUUCUGAUUGAAUUGUUAA